UGUACCUCACGGAAUCCAGCUAGUUACUGCAUGCAUGCGCUCAACUGGCUGACUCGCCCGAAUGGUACACUUAGUUCUGAUUCCAUGCGGGCUCUCAGAUGGAUCUUCCCCAUGGUCCAGUCAGUCAUCAGAACCGCAGCGACAAGCCCAAUCUCAGGAAGCUCCGGCUCUGUUUAAAACCCCCGUCUAUUCCCCCUCGUGCGACCGUUUGGCCGAUCUCUUUUUCUCGAUUCCUUCCUUCCCAUUUCUUUUUCCUCCUCCCAGGGCAGCCAUUUCCCGUCCAAUGAACCUUCCUCCCUGACUGUUUCUCUCGUUGUGUGGUGUUGUUGUACUCUAGUCUCAACUUCACAAUUCCGCUUCAAUUGGAGUCUGCAAUACGAUCUGAACACCCGUGAAGAGAACAGGUCUGCUCUUUCAAGAUGGCGCGGAGCUACUUGGGCCUCACGGGAGGCAAGCUGCAAAUCGCUAUCAGUGUUAUUGCUGGUAUGGAUUUCUUGCUUUUCGGUUAUGACCAAGGUGUAACAGGCGGUCUCUUGACCCUCGACUCGUUUAUUAAAUACUUUCCAACCAUUGCGACCAACGGUGCAUACUACGACAGCUUGACGCGUGCUGAACAGAGCACGCAGUCCACUCGCCAAGGUGUCGUCGUUGCUGCGUACAACCUGGGAUGCUUUGCUGGAUCAAUUCCUACUAUCUGGAUCGGUAAUAUGCUUGGUCGACGCAAGACGAUCUUUGUUGGUUCGUUCAUCAUGUGCAUCGGGGCUCUACUGCAAUGUACCUCGUACGAUCUGGCGCAAUUCAUUGUUGGACGUUUGGUUACUGGCUUUGGAAACGGCAUGAACACGUCGACUGUGCCCACAUGGCAAUCGGAAUGUUGUAAAUCCAACCGUCGUGGCCAGCUGGUCAUGAUCGAAGGCGCCAUGAUCACCUGCGGCAUCACCAUCAGUUACUGGAUUGACUUCGGCUUGCUGUUUGCCGAUCCCAAUGAGGUCGCCUGGAGGUUCCCACUUGCCUUUCAGAUUUUCUUCGCCCUCAUCAUCCUAUUCUUUGUCCUUUCUCUUCCCGAAUCGCCCCGUUGGCUGAUUCUCAAGGGUCGUGAAGACGAAGCGAGGACUGUACUCCACUCUCUCCUGGGCGAUGGAGACGAGACCUUCAUUGAGACGGAAUUUACAGCCAUCAAGGCCACCGUCUUGGAGAUGGCCAAGGGCUCAUUCCGCGACAUGUUUACCAUGACCGAAGAUCGCCACUUCCACCGGGUGGUCUUAGCCUAUGUCAACCAGAUGUUCCAGCAGAUCUCGGGUAUCAAUUUGAUCACGUACUAUAUCCCUGUGGUUCUCGAAAAUCAACUAGGUAUGACCCUCGAAAAGUCUCGCUUAAUCGCGGCUUGCAACGGAACGGAAUACUUCCUUGCCUCGUGGGUGGCCGUGUUCACUAUCGAGCGAUUCGGCCGUCGGACUUUGAUGCUUUUCGGCGCGGCGGGAAUGUCGAUUUCCAUGGUCAUCCUGGCCGUGACUGCCAGCAUUGGCAGUGACGGAGCCAACAUCGCUUGCAUUGUCUUCCUGUUUGUGUUCAACACAUUCUUCGCCAUCGGCUGGCUGGGUAUGACCUGGCUGUAUCCGGCUGAAGUUGUACCGCUGAGGAUCCGUGCUCCAGCCAAUGCGCUGGCCACGUCAUCGAACUGGAUCUUCAACUUCUUGGUCGUUAUGAUCACGCCAGUCGCCUUUGACAACAUUGGCUACCAGACCUACAUUAUCUUUGCAGUCAUCAACGCCUUCAUCUUUCCGGUGGUCCUCUUCUUCUACCCAGAAACCGCCCGCCGAUCCCUGGAGGAGAUGGACCGCAUUUUCCGCAAGACGACUAACAUCUUUAAUGUGGUCAAAAUCGCCGAUGAGGAGCCUCAUAUGUACGGCAAGCGGGGUGAGCUCCUGCGUGCGCUGGACGAUGUAGAAGACGAAGCAGUGCGUCGGGCCAGUGUGCUGAGCCAUCAUGCGAAGGGCACGGAGAAGGACAGCGACGAAAAUACGAAUAGCGGCACUGUGUAAGCUUAUAAGGCUAUGGGAUGCGUUUUCCUUUCGACCCGAUCUCUGGAACGGAAAUGAUGUUAAUGACUGUUUGACGGGCUGCA